AGUUGGGGAUACCGCGCCUGUCUGCCGGUUGCUUGCUAGACACAGUUCGCUACAAGCGCUUUUAAUAAAAUUUUAUCGGGUUUAUCUAUUAAAUCAUGAAAAAUGUGGAUUGCCAAAAAGAGGUGGAAAAAUAAAUAGUGUGAAGUUAUAACUAUUUGGAAUAUAAAUUCAGUGCUUUUUCUGAAGUUGGGUAACAUGAUAACAACCAUGACGUCAUUCAUAUUAUUAAAGACGAACUCAUUUUUAUUGAGGAUGAAUAGGGAGGAUAAUGUAAACUGGUUUCAUGGGAAGAUAUCUCGAGAAACUGCUGAGAAACUUUUAAAAGAAGAGGGCGAAGAUGGUGUUUUCUUGGUUCGAGAGAGCAAUACAUCACCAGGAGACUAUGUGCUAUCGGUAUUACAUCAGGGUGAGGUUGUGCAUUAUCAAAUAAGAAGGCAUGGAGAAGAUGCAUUCUUUUCUAUAGAAGAGCAUACCACAGUGCAUGGAUUGGAUACAUUGAUACAGCAUUACCGAGGUGAUUCCAAUGGCUUAGUGACUCGUCUUUCAGUAGUAUGCAAGGGACAAGCUCCUCCGCAUGAAUCAAGAACUCAGGGAACAACAAAUCUUUUACACAGGGCUACAGAGGCAGGUGAUUUCAAUGUGGUGUCACAGUUACUCGCAUGUGGCUACCGCAACCGAGAUGCAAAGAACCAAGAUGGACAAACCGCAGUGCACAUUGCAGCAAGAACAGGCCAUGAUAAUAUACUUGCCAAACUGAUUGAGAGUGGAGCUACGGUCAAUGUACGAGACUCUUUGGGAUUCACACCUUUGCACUACACUUGCCAAUAUAACUUACCAAGCACAACAGAGUUGUUGAUCACAUACGGCCACGCAAACUAUCAGAUGCGGCACGCGCCCACCGGUAAAGUGCCGCUACAUGAUGCUGCUCAGAGAGGACAUAUCGAAUGUAUCAAGGUUUUAUUAAAACUCAAAGCACCAGCACACCCAAGAACACUAGCUCAAGAGACCCCUGCUCAAUUAGCCAAACAUUAUGGUCAUACGGAAUGCUAUCAGUUGCUCAAAAACCACAAACCAGAGCCCGCGAAUACAUCGAAAAGCCAAUGGUACCACGGGACACUGAAUCGCGAGGAAGCAGUAAAGAUUCUAGAAGAGUAUUGUAGACAGCACAACUUACGUGAUAAAGCCUCAGAUGGCGUGUUUCUAGUGCGGUACAGUGAGCGACAUACUGGGGCGUAUGUACUCACUAUGUACAGCGAGAAUACACCGUAUAACUUCAUUAUUAGGAAAGAGGGUGAUUGGCUAUUCAUCGACGACGGUCCAUACCUAGAAUCGUUAGAGCGCCUUAUAGAACACUAUGGGAGUGUGCCCGACGGCUUGCCUACGAGACUCACCGCGCCAGUACCGCCUAAACCUAAACCACCCUUGCCUGAGUUUUCAACGAUGCCACGUACAAAGAAACACUCGCCAAGCCGAGUUAACACAAACCAGUCAUUAUCCUUAGUCAAGAACGAUAUAUUAAAUAAGAAUGCCACAUCUCCGAUAAACAACAACAACGCAUCAACAUUUGAGCUUCUAACAAGAAAUUUGUCUUUUUCUUCCGAUUUCAACAAUGAUUCCAUGAAUAAUAACGAAGAAACUGAUGCAGAUACAUAUAAAGUUCCAGUGAAUAAUAGUGCAGUGACAACUUUAGCGGAGAACUAUAAUGAAAUAUCGAUUAAUUCGGAUGGUCAGCUGUCUACUUUGCAAGAGUUCAUACCAUUCAGCGAGCUUACCCUCGGCGCGGUACUGGGCGAAGGCGAGUUCGGUUCAGUGCUUCGUGCUGUAUACAACGCGCCGGACCAACCGCCCGUACAAGUGGCCGUGAAGACGUUACAUUUGCAGCAUACGGACUCGAACAAGCGAGAAUUUCUUGCGGAGGCGAAGCUCAUGAUGGCCUUGAGACAUCGCUGUAUUGUACGGCUUAUUGGAGUGUCUUUGGGUCCUCCCCUCGCGAUGGUGCAAGAGCUAGUGCCACUGGGCUCUCUACUCGAGUACCUAGUGCGGCAUGCAGAAUCCACAGCGGGCUGUGAGUUAAGACUGUGGGCGUGCCAAGUGGCGGCCGGCAUGCGGUACCUUGAGCGGCGACGCUUUGUGCACAGGGACCUUGCUGCAAGGAAUAUAUUGUUGGCUAGCAGGCACCAAGUAAAAAUCAGCGACUUCGGACUAUCCCGCGCACUAUCCACCGACAGCUCGUACUACAAGGCCAGUCGCGGCGGCAAGUGGCCGAUCAAGUGGUACGCGCCCGAGUCGUACAACUACGGCACGUUCAGCCACGCCAGCGACGUGUGGAGCUACGGGGUCACGCUGUGGGAGAUGUUCUCCUAUGGGAAACAGCCGUAUGGCGAUAUGAGGGGCACUGAGGUAAUACAGCUAGUAGAGAGCGGCGAGCGGCUCGAGCGGCCGGACAACUGUCCCGACGAGAUCUACCAAGUGAUGUUAGACUGCUGGGCGUACACGCCCGAGGUGCGGCCCACGUUCAGCAAACUCGUCGAUGUAUUCUCUCAACACCCGGACUACGUGAACAUCAGCCAGAUGGCGCUUGACAACGAUGACGUCACCGUCUGACAUCUAGCGCCCUCUAGCGCGCUUUGGUUAAUGCGCGCUGUACAGCGGGUGCUGUGCCUCACUUGUGGGGAUGAUAUUGAUGCGGCCUACGUCUAGGAACGUUCUAGUAGUGGUUGAUGUAUUCUCGCAACACCAGGACUAUGUGAACAUCAGGCAGAUGGCGCUAGACAACGAUGACGUCACCGUCUGACAUCUAGCGCCCUCUAGCGCGCUUUGGUUAAUGCGCGCUGUACAGCGGGUGCUAUGCCUUACUUGUGGGGAUGAUAUAGAUGCGGCCUACGUCUAGGAACGUUCUAGAAUAUGUCGAUGUAUUCUCGUAAUACCCGGAUUAUGUGAACAUCAGGCAGAUGGCGCUAGACAAUGAUGACGUCACCGUCUGCUCUGGUUGAUGCGCGCUGUACAGCGGGUGCCUCACUUGUGGGGACGAUCUCGGUGCGGCCUAUGUGUAAAGAACGUUCUAGAAUUUGUCGAUGUAUUCUCGCAACACCCGGAUUACAUUAACAUCAGCCAGAUGGCGCUAGACAACGAUGACGUCACCGUCUGACAUCUAGCGCCCUCCUCCAAUGAAGCCUAUGUAUAAGGAAUGUUCUAGAAGGCGAUGGUAUGUUGGAAUAUCGAUGACAUAGUUAGAAUAGUUGUUUUGUAUGGAAAAUUUAAUGAUAUUGUAGUAGUUGGUAUAGGUAUAAAUGGAGUAGAAAAGUUGUUACAGUAGGAACGCUUCGGUUUAUGUUGAGACUGGACUAAUUUUGAUAGCCGGUGCUCGAUAAUGAUGACGUCACCGCCUAGCAUCUAGCGCCCAGUUAGUAGUAAGUAUAUAGAUUAUAUUUGAUGAUUUGACGUCACAAUGGCCUAGGGCUACUUGUAGAGCAUUUCUCGUAUACUGUAGAGUGGGUAUUGCAAUGAUUAUUAUUAAAUUACGUUUUAAAAAAAAUAAUGUUAAAUCAAUUGGAAACAUCAAUGAAGAACUAAGCAAGUUAUGUGAAUGGUGAUUUAGGUAUUUUUGUCUAGAGACCGAAACAAGUAAAGAUACGUAGCGCUCGACCGCCGUUCAGCCCCCUCUAGAUUUUUAUAAGUCAUGUAUCAAUGAAAAUGUUUUACGUGAUUUACGCGUAGAAAACAAAAUACUUCUAAAAUGUCUCGUAUUGUGUAG